AACCCCGGUAGAAUUUACAACGGGGGAAGAAGUGAUAGUGCGGUAACCUUGACUGGAGUUUUCCACGAUAUCACAAUGCUUUCUUCAGCUGUUAGGGUGGGAUUGAGCCGGGUGUCGGUCGCUACCAAGAGAUGCCUUCUACCAACAAUCAACGCAGGUACUACUUUCAGAUUGUUUUUUUUGUGUACAACACUGCGCUUUUCGUGGCUGAAAGUUUCACGUGGAACUUGCAGUGAUGUUAAGUUUUACAUCAGUAUAAUAUUGUUGUUCUAUUUGUGAAGUUAUUGUUUUUGAAGUUUCUUAUUUGCUCUUAACUCUGUAAUUUCACAUAUAAAAUAAUGACUCUAAAACUACGCAUAAAAUCUGUUAGUUUGGAAUUGACAAGAAUUUAUCUUAACUUAUUUUACAACAGUACGAAGGUCACGCAAAUAUUUUAAAACGAGGAAACAGUUGAAUAUGACAACCACACCACCAACCCACCCCCUUCGUAGUUAAAAGCCUUUAAACCCUGGCGUGGCUUUUAAAGUUAUGCGCCGUUUCUAAGAAAGCAUGGGCUAUUUUGCUACCGCGGUGGACCUGAAGAAAAGAUAUAUGGGUACUUUUGUAACUUUUUAUAGUGUUCAUCAAUUUAUCUGAAUUUAUAGAGUACAAUGUAUCAGCUAAAAUUUCGGAAUACCUGGUCACUUCUUUGCAUAACAUUGAAUAACAAAAGUGCCUAUUGUUUUAUACCUCGUUCUUUAAGCAUUCCGACAAACGUAAAUGAUGUGGCCGGGUGUUCUGAAAUUGCUCCCAUUAGUUUCUGCCUCAGGACCAUCUUGGACCCUAGAAGAACUGUUUUAAUAGGCCAUUUUUUUUUACUUAAUAUGCAUGACACACGGCUUUCCCAAUCACAGAUUAUUAAUAUUAUUAUUACUAUUAUCAUCAUCAUUAGUAGUCUGUUGUAGUAGUGUAUCAUGCAUCUUAUUUUGGUUGAUGAUAUACAUGUACAUGUACUGUACUGUGUCUAUCUGGGCAACAGGGAACAAAUUAUCUUCCAUAGUCUUGUGAUGCAUGUUGUUGUUGUUUUCUAGGUACAAACUUCGUUCGGUCCAACCAAACAGCAGCAGGUGAGGAACAUUUGAAUAAUUUGCAUAGUUAUAUAACUAUUAUUCAUGCUAUACACUUUAUUUCAAAAUUAUGGCAAAUUCAGUCAUUCUUUUUUCUUUUUGAUAAUAAUUUGACCCUUGAUGUGCACUUUCAAGGUAAUCUGCACAGGCAUCCCAAACAGACUAAGUGAGUGCUCGUUAAAAUUAAUACAUCUGGCAAUGUUGCAUAUGUAACGAAGCUAUUUAUAGGCAAGUUUGUGUGAAAUUUCUGCUGUUCCCAUAUGAACCCUAUAAAUCGCUUGGUUACACAACAUUUCCAGAUGUAUUAAGUUUUAACAAGUGCUUGCUUAAUUAGUGAGUUUGGGAUGCCUGUGUGUUCUGCAGAUGCAAUAGUGACAAAGAGGACUAAUUAACUAAAACAUAAAAGAAAGGUAAUAUUGUCAUAUUUUGAAAUACGUUGUAUAAUUGUGUGGCAUGGAUUGUGCAUGUACAUUACUAGCUAAUUCAGAACUUGUACCUUUACACAUUCACACCUUCACCACCGUGUGAGUGGAUCUACAUUCCUUGUUCCACCUGUGAUGUUAUUCGUUUAUUGGUCCCAGACAGAGUUGACACCUACAUUUUAACUUUCUCUUCUAUGUGAAGUUGACCUGAAAAUGUCAAUGCAAAUCUUGUUUAGCCUGAAUUUCAUAUGAUUGCUUCAAGUCAUUUUCUUCUCUCAGCAAUGUCUGAAUCGACCGGCUGUUUAUGCCGUCCAGCGACAUCACUACUCAAAACCUGGGUAGUGAUUUUGAUUGGUUGAUUGUCUAAACAUUCGCAUAAUUACAUGUAUGUACUGAUAAUUAUGAGAAAUUUUAGCGGGAUUGUCGUUUGAUAUUCAGCAGAUCCCAUCCCUGGCAUGCUUGCUUGGAGUUCAAACAUUAAAUUUUGGUAAUCUUUAUCAUAAACAGCAAAAUUGAAUUGCUAAAUAUUUAACUACAAUUGAAGAAUCGUUGCGGAGAGUCAGUAGGUUUUUCAUUUAGAGCCACUUUGUGGUUUCGGCAGUGAUUUUUUUUAUGCGAAGUUUUCUGAGAUUGAAGUUAUAAUUCAACCUUCUGGUCAUUUCCACCGUGAAGUGUUAUGAUUCUGUUAGCUUUUCUUUCUUGUUUCCUUGUUUUCGUUUUUCUUUGUUAAGGACCAAAUAUCUUCUUUUCAAUUAAAGCAAAUCGUUGUGUUCUUAAACUUAGUGUUCCAUGUGUGUAUUUAUUUCAUUGCUUGAUUGCGACCGAGUUUGAUUACACAGUACAACCGGUUCAGAGUUGUACUGCAUGCAGUUGACUGUUUGAACGUUAAUCAUGAAUUAUGAUCGAAAAGAGUAAAGCAAUUCUGUAUCAUGUUAUAUCAUAUUGUGUCAGAAAGUUGGAAAGCUAAGAGCUUUUUACUUUUUUCAGUUGUCCUGUCGAAUGCUAAAUUACAUGUAACCAAAUUUACCACCGCUGGACAUAAAGACAUAUCUAGAGUGCAUUUUGCAUACUACAUUUCUGAUAAUCUCAAAGUGGUGGCAAUUAUGCCAGACUUAUGUAUUGGUACGAAAUCAUGAUCAUGUGAUAAGAAUUACGUGUUUACCAUAAGUUUUAUUUGCAUACUCUAGGUCAACAGCAAUUCGUUAAAUACCAUGUCAAAGAUGGUGUUGCUGUAGUUAGGUUGGAUACUCCUGGAUCUAAGGUUAGAAGCCUUCAUCAGUUUCUGUUUAAGCUCCUGCAAUAUGCCAAACCUGUGCUUAGAAAAAUGGCUCAGUAAUUAAUUUCUGAUCAACUGCUUGAUUCUGUUUUCAAAUGGACCAUUUUCGAUAUAUUAAAAUUCAUUCUUGGCUCUGAGGCUUGGGGGAAUAAAACAAAAGAAAUGUAUUAUUCCAGGGUUCUCAAUAGAUUUUUAAGUAGGAGGUGAUCACUGAUAAAGUAGGAGGCUCUUCAGCAAAGCCAGAGGUGUCAAAACAAAGCAAAGAAAAGCGACUUAAACACAAAGUAAGCGGCUAUAAAUCCCAAAGUAAGUGGCGAUCAAUCGCCGGGUGCCGCCUUCUAUUGAGAACCCUGUUAUUCAUUGUUGAGCACCCUCAAGUAUGAGUUUUAAUGUAACAAAAAUGAUUUAUUGAUUUGCUGGAAAUUGGAGGUGUGACUGAUGAGUAAACUGAAAUUUACAUCUACUGACCAUUAGUUGCAUGUAUCUAGAAAAGGGUAAAGAUGGGGGUGGGGUGGGGUUGGGGUCUUGUUUCACUCACAGAAAUACACUGUAUUCUAAGACAAAACUAGUGGGACCGACAAUGAUGUUGAACACAGUCGUGUACAGUUCAUAAAAUAAUUUCCUGUUGAGUAGAAUUUCUUCAAAACACCAACCAGUACAAAAGAUAUUAGCUCUUGAAAAUGUGCAACAGGUGUCCAUUUAUAAAAUUUUAGUAACAGUGUUUGUUGCUAAGUUUUAGAUUUGAAAUUUAUUAUUGUUUUUUGUUUGUGUGGUUUAGGUCAAUGUCUUAUCUGAGAAGCUUAUGUCAGAAGUUGUUGAGGUAAAAAGAUACUUAAUUGUAAAUUGACAGUCAAUGAUGUAAAUUUGUAAGUGUCAUAUUGAAACUAGGGUAUUAUUUUAUUCCUUUACAUUGUAUAUGAUCUACCAUGAAAUCUUCUUUAUAGCAAUAUAAGCCACACUCACUUUCAACCUUGAUUUUGGAAAAAAGUUUACAGGAAUGAAACUCAAAAAAGAACUGAGGUUGACCAUUUUUGUGUUGAGCUUUAUUGUGAACAACUUUAACCCAUGGUGUUCCGUGACAGGAAUUGUAACCUUGGCCACAAUAGUGGGAGGGGACUGCACCCAUCACUCACCACUGCACCUACUAACUGAUCCCCAAUAUAUUAACAAAUGAAUUUUUUAUUGAUUUUGCCAGGUAAUGCGAGCUGUUGAGUUAGACCCUGAAGUGAAGAGCGUUGUGUUGGCAUCAGCUAAACCAGGAUGUUGGAUUGCUGGUGCUGAUAUCAAGUAAGAAAAAAUGUGAUUUUUUUUCUUUUUUUAUCGUGAUUUUGAAGUUAUGUUCCUUCGCUCUGUUUGGAAAUAAGAAAACAUCAAGUGGAGUGAGCUCCGGAAAUCACAUCCCUGUCCCUGGUUGACAAAAAAAAAUUGGAUAUUCAGUAUUGAGUAUUCCAGUAGUUUUUACAAAUGUAUUCCAAACAUGUUAUGCUAGUAAAAUUAAUUAAAAAUACAUGUACAUGUAAUCUUUACUCCUAGAACUACUUGCCUCUUAUAGGAUGUUAGUUGUCUAUGACACCCUAACCCUCUCCUUUUCAACCCUUUUAAAUGUAUCUGACUUCCUAUCAAAUGAUGAACGUAUAUUCCUAUUUUUUCUUAAAAGUUAAUUAUGCUUUUUUUGUUUAUUAUUUUUUAGUAUGUUAGCCGCUGGUGAUACUGCAAAGAAGGUGAUUUUAAAAGUCAGAGAGUUAAUUAAUAAUGAAGAAUUAUUUGCAUUUUUAUUACUAGUAAGAGUGCUGCUCUAUGUAGUAAUUAUUAUGAUAACAAGAAUGCCCCAGUCACUUUUGUUAAUAGUACAGGGGCUCUGAUAGGGUUAAUUUUUGUGCAGGAAUUGUGUGGGAUUGGGCAUUAUUUCUGAAACACAAAGUGGUCAUAUCAACAGAUUACAAACUAUGCAUACCAUGCCAAUAGUAAGGUUAACUUAUUGACUGAUGUUAUAUUGUGUUAAUUUAUUGUGUUUUUGUUGUCAUUGUUUUUGUCACUGUGUAACAAAUGGCCAGGGUAUUUGAUCAAGAACGUGAUGGAAAAAAUAAUAAUAACUAUUACAUUUUUUUUAUAUGGGUCCUAGGUGCAAGAAAUUUCAUCUAAUGGCCAUGAGAUCAUGAAAGGAAUAGAGGUUUGUUAUAUGCACAUUUUGAACUAAAUUUGGUACUUGUGACCAAGGAAUAGAUUUUUACUGCUCAGAGAAAAAGUAUUUUAUCCCUGAUGAAAAUUUUUUAGAAUUUUAGAAUACAAGAUUGAGACUCCAACAUGGCUUUAUUUAAAUCUUAUACCUUGUUAUCUUGUUGCAGGAUAGUUCCAAGCCUUACGUUGCUGCCAUCAUGGGAACCUGUCUUGGAGGUGGUUUGGAGGUAAAGUUUCCUAGCAGACCUUGUUUUUCUUUUGCUUUUAUUUUUGUUUUUGUGGAUAACAGCAUACAAUCAGAAAAAUCAUUGUGGUUUUAAAGAAAAACUGAAUUUUUCAUAGUGUACAUUACUUAUUAUUAUAUUACGCUAGGUACAAAGAAAAGAGGAAUCUAACAUCUGAGACUGAGCUGGCUUUGAAAAAUUGUCUAAUUAACAGAUUGUGAAUCUGAUUCUUGGUUAGAGCACGAGCAGUGUGCAAAGAGAUAGUGUCCAUGGCAUAUUUUGGUGGUCCAAGGCAACCUCUUGGCCCACUUCAAUGCAAGGAAGUAAAACACCGCGAUAGCCCACGCUAUUAACGGUUUUAUUAGUUUUUCACAGGAAGAGGCGUCUCAGUUGUUUCUUGUUUUUUUUUAUCCCAUGAAGCUGAAAACUCUUGUUACUUGUUUAGAUUCCAUGUGCAGAUUUAUUUUUGAAAAACCAUCUGCAAUAACUACAAAACUUAGUGUUUGUUUUGUGUUUUUUCCAUGCAAAAUUGCAGCCACUGUCGUGAAGGUCCUCCUUGACUCCAAUAAUAAGACAUUUACCAGAUGGUAAAUGCAGUUAAUGGAACAUGAAGCCUCAAUGUAUGCUCGGCUGUAUCUUUAAAGCAUCUUAAAUGAAAGCACGCUAUUUUUAAGAUACAAACAAAAGCUGUUUAUGGCUGGAACCUUACUAGUUUGUUGAAUGUUUGUCGUCGUAUGUUUCUUAGCAUCUCGCAGGUUGGUGCCUGUUUUCAAGGCCCUAUUCAUGGCUAGACUUUAUCAUGAUAAGACUAUCAAAACCCGCUUCCACGCAUUUACGCCGGCAGCAAAGAAAAACUGUGACAAUUUAAGUUACUUUUCAGUAUUGUAUUCUAUGAAAGCUAUCUACUCCAGAUCUUACAAAGCUGAAAAAAAGUAUUGGUCACAAUAAAUUUUACUCGUGCAGUUGGAUGAGUGCUUUAUGAGUUUCGAUCGUCCAAGUCCAAAACCUACCCGUCUCAGACGAGCGGACCAGUGAAAAUUUUUUGCCCUGCCUUGUGGUGCGAUUAAGUCUACAUUGUGACUUCCCCCAAGCUUUUGGCAUUACUUGUGUCUUGCCAUGUUAUUCCUUUUGGCAUUGCUUGUGUCUUGCCAUCUUAUUCAUUAGCCUUAAUCUUGUCCGAUCCAGCCCUUGCGGUGCUUGUGUCCCCCCGCCCCAUGCCAUCUUGUAGUUAUUGUCCUAUUUAGCCUGCAUGUGCUAUUAAAGUUGCCUUACUUUUUCAUGAGUAUCUCAAGCGGAAUAGUGACAUUAAUGAACACUUUUUAGACCUUCCUCAUUCUUGUCUUUCAAUCUAAAUUGAAGUAAUGGCUGAGACUCGUAUUUUACAACUUUACGCAAAGAAUCAACAGGCUAUAGCAGGCAGAGAACAAAAAUGGUAGUAACAAAGAGUACUGACAUCUCACUACAGUGCAUCGUGGACUACAUUUAACUACAUAAACUGUGGUUAAAGGAUAACAGGCUCAUUCAGGCCAAAUGUUCGGAACCUUUUUUCCGGCAUUUGUUUUCACUUUCAACUAAUGUUUAGGUAUCGUGAACCUGUCCAAGGUAAAAAGCUGCAAUAUUUAUUUGUUUUUAGUGACUAAUGCCUUUAUAGCACAUUGGGUUGUCCAAGGGGCAACCACUCAGAAGAAAUUGGUGGCCCCAUUGAGAAUUUUGGUUGUUCAGGACAACAAGACAACCGUUAAAUUCUAACCCUGUAAUUUCUGUUCUUAACUUGCCCAAUAGGCAAGUGAAGUUUUUUGAGUAAUUCAAAUGACAUAAGGACUGCGUAAUCAAUCCUGCUCAUCAAAACAUUUCUGGGGCUAGUUGAAAUGAAUUUUGGGCUAGUACAUGCUAGCUGUAAAACUGACUUUCUUUACAGUAUUUCAUAACCAAUACAAUCAACUCUCUUUAAGAUGGACACCUUCGGGACUGUCCCUGGCUGUCCAUAUUAGGGAGGUGUCCAGCUUAUAGAGAGUUAAGGUUAAAUGAGACACCAGUAAUUUUAAAGCUGAACCGUUUUUGCAAUAAAUACCCUUCUUCUUAACUUGUACAAAACAGCUAAAACUGGAAUAUUGUAACAGAAAACUGUAAUAAUUUUCUCAUUAUACAAUCAAACAUUCAUUACAAGCAAAUGUUCACGGCUUCAUGGUCUAAAAGUGUAACAAUAUACACUCAGCGAUCUGGAGCAAGACUACAAAAUAUUCCUUUUGCAAUUUACUGUCAUGUAGAGUACCAACAUUAUUUUCCGUUUUGAGGUAUUUUUCGCUACAUAAAGCACUUUCCAAUCGUCCAUUAACAGUUUCAAAAGUGUCCGCUGUCUGUCUUAGAGAGGUGCCUGUCUUAUAGAGAGUGUAGUUACAGUAAAAUGACUGAAAAACGCAGGGAUUAACACCAGGUGUCCGUCUUAUAGAGGUGUCCAUUAAGAGAGUUGACUCUUUAUACUUCAUGUCAUGAUGACAAAAUCUAUUUUCUUAUACUCCUUUCUGAGCAGCCUUCUUAUUCCUAACCAUUAGUUCUAGUUUAUGAAAAGCAUUAUUAUUACUACUAUUAUUAUUAUCAUUGAAUAUUAUUUACAAUUACGGUAUUUUUAUCGUUAACUAUUAUAUGAAUUAUAAAAAUAAUGUUUUCUACAAUAACUGUUUCAUACAUUGCAGGUUGCCUUAAGCUGCCACUACAGAGUUGCAGUAGAUAAUGCUUCAACUGUCCUUAGUGCUCCUGAAGUUAUGCUAGGUUUACUUCCUGGAGCUGGUGGAACUCAAAGGCUGCCUCCACUUGUAAGUAUCACAAUUUUAUAUGCUCUUCUGUCCUUUAACUCCCAAUGAACACUUAUUUCCUGAUGUGACCAGCAUCUACUGUCUCCUUAUUAAUAUCACUGCUUACAAUCAUAUAAUCAAAAUGAAGCUAACUCAAGAAUAAUAAAUAAAUGUGCCUUACGUCUAGUGGUUAUGAAUGUCUAUCCAUGAGCUAGGCUGCGUCGCAGAUAUUAUCUAACCUUGGUUAGUAACGUCUUCGAAGAAGUGCUGAUAUCCUUGUUCUGGCCCCCAACGGACUCAAGAAAUUACCAGAAAUGCAUUUUGAAUUUUCCUUCAACCUGAUUUGCAAAUCGACACUGGCUUAAAUUUUAACAGGCCAAUCAUGGCACAUACUCAAAUCCUGGUACACAGGUAGGGACCCUGAACAUGGAUGUUGGUGCUGUUUUUCAGACAGACUUACUGUGAGCAAAAGUUUAGCGCCAUCUGUGGCACAGGCUACCCAUGCACUUGUAUGUUUUAAUUUGCUCAUAUCCAGCAAAGUUCUACCUGCAUUCAGACAUGAUCUUACAGAUCAAAUACCAUUGGCUAUCAUUUUGAAACUGAAGAAUUGCACGCAUGUGGUAGUGCUUUUUCAAAGUAAAGGUCAACAUGUACAUGCCUGUCAACUUUUCUGGUUAAUGUCUCGUCAAAUAAAUUGUGUAGUGCUGUGAGACACACUUAUCUUCAACCCUGGUACAAGGACAAACAUUAUUGCAAUAGAGUUUUUUUUAUUUUGAUAAUUAUCAUGAUUCCUCCAGGUUGGACUUCCAGAUGCUCUGGAUAUGAUGCUGACAGGAAAGAAUAUCAAAUCAAGCAAAGCUAAAAGGAUGGGACUUGUUGACAGCCUUGUAAAACCAUUAGGUAUUAACAUCUGUAUCUAGGAAAUAAUCAAUAAAACAGCACAAUUUGUGCUUUGCAAUGAGAUCUUUUACAUUUUUAUACAUAUAGCUGCACCUUAAGGUCAUCAGUGUUGGACCCUCUCAUUGUUGGACCAUCUAAUAGGACAAGUUUUGGUGAUUGAACAUUUCAAAGAGCCACCCAAGGACUAUAGAACCUCAUUUUCAGAUUGUAUUUGUUUUGCAGACUCUUUAAGUCAUUUGAAACAUUUAGUCUUGAAAGUCUUUUAUAUCCUUUCAAUUUUCAUCGACUUAUUGAUUAUUUCUAUUUGCGUAAUGUCAUGAAUGAAACUGUAGAUCAUACAUUUUUGUUGUACAUAGACUAAUGUAUUGUAUGCUGCUCUGACUACCUAGUCAAUAAAUAUUAUUAUUAUUAUUAUUAUUAUUAUUAUUAUUGCUGUUAUUGUUUUUUCUCACAAGUAAGAAUAUUAUUGUAGCUUUAUAAUUUUUUUUCUUUAAAAAAAUGCGCUUGAAAAAGGCUUUGUUGCACUUGAAAAUAGUUUUUUUUAUCGAAAUGAAUUCUAAACAGAUUUAAAAAAUAGUUUUGUUGUCAGUAAAAGUUUAUUUCUUUCUAGAUAUUAUUAAAACAGUAGAAAUAUUAUAAGAUGUAAGAAGUGGAUUCUUGAUGGGUAAACACUGCUCUCUGGUAGAAAUUUAUCGAAAGUUCACUCAUUUGAUAGGUCCUGGUCUGAAAUCACCAGAAGAGAACACCCUACAAUACCUUGAAGAAGUCGCUGUCCAGACAGCCAAGUAUGUCAUGACUGCCUUGUCCUUCUGAAAUCAGAAAAUAAUUUAAUAGUAAUUUGUAUGAAAGUGAAUGGUUCAGUUAAUCUUAUACCAGUUCUUAUAGUUGCCAGUAGUUUUGGUAUAUUAAUUGUUAAAAUUCUCUUUUGUGUUUCUGUUUUAUAGGAGCCUUGCCAGUGGAUCUCUAAAACCUGACAGGUCACAUUCCUGGGCUAAUAUGAAAGGUACUCUUAGAAAUGAAAAGAAAAAAAUCCUUGCAAUAAUUUAUAUCCAUGUUAUAGGUCAAAUUUUUAAAUCACAAUGAUUUUUUAACUUAGUGGGUUGACUCUCAAUUUCCUUUGUCUCCUAGCCCUAAUUAGCAUUCACGAAUUAGAGCUAGGAGGAAAAGAAAAAAAUUUUACUUGAAUUUAAUCUUGACCUGUAACAUGGACAUUAUACCUUCACCUCUUGUGGUAUGUAAUUAUCAUAAGUUAACUCAAUAGAGAAUAGUCUUGGUUAACUUAAUGGUCACUGACAUUUUUAUCAUAGACUUGCAAUACAAAAUCACAACAGACACAAACUUUGGGCGAAACUUUGUCUUCAAGAAGGCCAAAGAAACGGUAAGUUCAUCCACUGUUUAAUUUCAUGUUAACAUCUUGUGUCUAUAUUGUGGCAGUCAGUUGACUAAUCAUAAAAUGUUCUUGAUUUUACCAUGGAAUGAAAAGCUAAAUCACUUUUAAACACUGUAAAAGGUCAAAACAGAACAAUGAAUUAAUUUGUUAAUUGGUGGUGUUAAUGUUACGAUAUUAUAAUAUAUUUUGAUAUUUAUCAGGUUAUGAAGAAGACAGGAGGUCUCUAUCCUGCUCCUCUGAGGAUCAUUGAUGUAAGUUAAUAACUUUAUUUAGUCCCUCAAGCACCCUGAAAGUAUACUUCUUUAUUAUUGCUUUCAAUGUGUAUCAUCUCCUUUAAUUUCUUGUAUAGUCUAGAAUGAACUGUAUUAAGGGGGUGUUUACUAGAGAAAACUCGCACUGACAUGAGUUUCAUACCGGGAUGACUUUUUGAUUUCAUACCAUGUUUACGUGAUGACUGGGUCAUUUCAUAUCUCGUUAUUUGCAGGUACACGUCAUCUAAAUAAAAUACGUGUGAUUCAAAAUCGCAAACAUUAUGCACAUGGGCUACCCUUUCCAGUCUUCCAGCAGACUGAUUUCACACCGAAACGUGUGGUCGUUUCACGUUUACAUGAUACCGUUGUGAGAUUUCGUACUGGAGUAAAAUUCUCACCCCUGUACAACAACCGGGGUGAACUCACGCUGGGGUGACUCUCGCUGGCAUGACAUUUUGUGGUGGUAUCAUGUAAACAAAUGUAGAGCCAUGAGAGGGAACCAGAGUGAGCUCGCUUCAGCGCAAAAGUCGCCCCUGUGUCAUGUAAACACCCCCUUUGUUUUUGUUUCCUUUCUCUAAAGUGCACCUUUCCUGUUUAUAUCUGGUAUUAGGUUGUUAAGACAGGUUUGGAGAAAGGUGGAUCAGAAGGCUAUAUAAAAGAAGCUGAGGUAUAACCUAUUGUAGUACCUUUUUAAAAAUUUUAAUGAGGUUAAAUAAAUAUUUAUUUAACAGAGUUAACGACAAGGAGGGCGAGCGUGGUCAGCGGUCAGUGGUUUGGCUCAAGCGCGGUCAGCCUUGCUUGCAUCACCUCCAUGUGCUCAGUACAGUGUUUUCAUGGCGCCCAUUCUCUUCGUUUUUAAAAGUUACAAGGCAGUCUUCCACUUUUUUCCCUCCCCUCUCUGUUUGCUUUUCUAGCCCCCCCCCCCUGUUUUUUUGCUUUGCAUUUACUAGGCUUCAUUUCAGUGGGAACGUUUUUGCUUCAAUUUAGCUUAGGAUUAGAUGGAGGAAAGCGUAGGUCACAGUCAUGCAAUUGUCAAACAUUGUUAUGCAUCACUUAAUGAGAGUAUUUAACUUCCGGUUGAGUAGGACUUCCUACUCAUUGUCAGUCAAUCAGAUCAUGAAACAAUGCUUUUCUUUUGAACAAGAUGUUUGGUCUUUUUCUAAUAAUUGAAAUUAAGCUCCUUCAUGGACAUUUUACUCGUAAAAUAGAGUUAACUAAUUAGAGCGUACUUCAGCCAUUGUUUCAUUAUGAUUUACUUUGCCCUGGGUGGCAAAUAUGUUGCUAUCGCACAUAAAGAACACUGCGUGACUCAGCUCUGGUUCAUGAGCUCCUUGUUUAUCUUAGAUUACAUCAAUAACUGACUUUCAGUUGUUUCUACAAACUUCGGUGAUAACAAGUUUUCAUUGUUAGUAGCUGUAAUCAAUACUAUGUUUUACUUAUAUCCAUCAAUGCUAGCUGUGUGCUCCUUUGUUUUGUUCACUUUGCGUGCACGCGUUGUAUUUUCCAAUAGUAGUUUACUACGCAUUAGUUUCUGAUUUUCCCUGCCACACCCGCCCUUCAAUUCAAUAAAGCUGGACUACUGGCUUGGGUGCACACCUGCUACUUUUACCUCCGCGUAGCAGGCCGGGUGGGGCCCCCACCCCACCUUAGUUUAUUCACUCCUGGGUGGGGAUGCGCUCCACUCGUUGCCUCGUCCGUUACCGUGCAGGGUGUGUCGCUGCCACCCUCACUGCACUGCUCAUUGCUAGGGUGUGUUGCUGCCACCCUCAUUCCAUUAUGUAUAUUACUAGGGUGUGUCUCUGCCACCCUCAUUCCAUUACGUAUAUUACUAGGGUGUGUCUCUGCCACCCUUAUUGCUCUACUCAGUUUUGGGUGUGUCGCUGCCACCCUUAUUGCAUGCACUUUAUGGGGUGUGUUGCUGCCACCCUUGUUUUACCCCAGGGUGCACCCAACAACCUUUA